UCUCACACACACCUCACUCUGCUUUCUCUCUCUCUCUCUCUCUCUACAUACAAAGCGGAAAAAAAACCACACCCAAAAGAAAGGCUCACACCACCCACCACCAUUAGCUUAGCCUACUACUCCAUCCUCUCGCUGUCUUCCCCAGCCAACAAAUCGACCUAGCUGGGAACAAGAGAGGGGGCUAGAGACAGAGGAGGGCAGCGCAGCACGCACCACCGAGCUCCGAGCAGAAGCGGCGGCGGCGGAGGAGGAGGAGGCAGAGCAAUCCGCAGGGAGCAGAGGCCGCGCGCGCAGCCAUGGGCAGCGCGCCGGUGCACGGCGCCCUUGUCUUAUUCCUCCUGCUCCUGGUAGGGGCGGCGGCCGAGGAGACGGCGCCGCAAGAACCCACAUUGCCCGCCGCCAGCUCCGGCUCCGGCUCCGGCGCUGCCGGCUCGGCGGCGGCGGUCGGGGUCAACUCCAACUCCGUGCUGGUGGCGCUGCUGGACUCGCACUACACGGAGCUGGCGGAGCUGGUGGAGAAGGCGCUGCUCCUGCAGACGCUGGAGGACGCCGUCGGGAAGCACAACGUCACCAUCUUCGCGCCGCGGAACGAGGCGCUGGAGCGGGACCUGGACCCGGAGUUCAAGCGCUUCCUGCUGGAGCCGCGCAACCUCAAGUCGCUCCAGGCGCUGCUGCUCUACCACGUCCUGCCCUCGCGCCUCCCCUCCGACGCCUGGCCCGCGGCCUCCCACCCCACGCUCUCCGGCGAGGAGGUCGAGCUCGCCGCCGCCGGUACUGGCACCGGCAUGCGUGUCGGCCACGCCGCCGUCACGCGCCCGGACGCUGUGCUUAGGCCUGACGGGGUCAUCCACGGCAUCGAGCGCCUCCUCGUCCCGCGCUCCGUGCAGGAGGACUUCAACCGCCGCCGCAGCCUCGCCGCAAUCUCGGCCGUGCUGCCCACGGGCGCGCCUGAGGUCGACCCCAGGACGCACCGCCUCAAGAAGCCCGCGCCGCCGGUUCUCCCCGGCGCGCCCCCCGUGCUCCCGAUCUGGGACGCCAUGGCGCCUGGCCCCUCCAUCGCCCCCGCGCCCGCGCCUGGCCCCGGCUCCGGGAAGCACCACUUCGACGGGCACAGCCAGGUCAAGGACUUCAUCCAGACGCUGCUCCUCUACGGCGGCUACAACGAGCUCGCCGACAUCCUCGUCAACCUCACCUCCCUCGCCACCGAGAUGGGCCGCCUCGUCUCCGAGGGCUACGUCCUCACCGUGCUCGCCCCCAACGACGAGGCCAUGGCGCGCCUCACCACGGACCAGCUCAGCGAGCCGGGGUCGCCGGAGAACAUCCUCUACUACCACAUGAUCCCGGAGUACCAGACCGAGGAGUCCAUGUACAACGCCGUGCGCCGCUUCGGCAAGGUGCGCUACGACACGCUGCGCCUGCCGCACAAGGUGGUGGCGCGGGAGGCCGACGGCUCCGUCAAGUUCGGCCAGGGCGAGGGCUCCGCCUACCUCUUCGACCCGGACAUCUACACCGACGGCAGGAUCUCCGUGCAGGGCAUUGACGCCGUGCUGUUCGCGCCGGACGACACCAAGGCCACACAGACCGCCGAUCCGAACAGGAAGCCUCCCGCCAUCGUCACCCACAAGAAGAAGAUCAAGCUCCGGCGAGGUAAAUUGUUAGAAGCAACGUGCCAAAUGGCCGGGCUCUUUGGUCAGCGAUCGCGAUUUGCAAGCUGCCAGUAGACGGGGAAAGGAUUGAUCGAUCUCCAUGAUACCGAAAGACGAACGAACUGAAGAUGGGCUGGCGCUGGAGAGGGAGCCGCGUCCACAUUAUUAUUUGUUUUAUUUUCUUUUUUUGUUUAUUAUGAGAAUAAUAAUGAAUGAAUCAGGUGGGGGGAUGUAAACUCGGUGGUUGUUGGUGUGUCCAGAGAAAAAGAAAAGGAGAAAAAGAAAGGCAGAAAAAAAAAAUUGUCCAUACAUGAACAAGCCCAGGGUCGUCGUCUGUGUAUAGGAAGGAAUUAAAACGUUUUUGUUUUUCUGUUUUGUUUUUCUGUCAUUCUUUGCUUUUGUUCCCGUUUUGGCAAUGAGAAUAUCGGGUAAACACAUAAUCAUUCUUAUUAUUCUUUUUACUUCUUA